AUGGGGGUUGCCGCAGCUUCAGAUUUCGGUGCGACUAGUCGCCCGGAGAACCAGCCGCAGAGGAUGAACAGCCUGCCUCGAGCAGAGUCGCAUAUGAUGGCGGUAAACACGGUUGUUGCAGAUUCCGGUGCAACUAGUCGCCCGGAGAACCAGCCGGCUAGAAUGAACAGCCUGCCUCGAGCACGUGGGGUGCGCUUGCCUCGUGACGAGGCGGACCGUGCUGGUUAUAACGAGUGGGGAGCAAUGGAACGGAGGGAUGAAGAAGGGAGAGGGGUGACUAGCUUACCAGUGCGGUUGGGAAGUAUGGAAAGGAGAGACGAGGAGGGGAGAGGGGUGACUAGUCUGCCGGCGGAGUGGGGAGCAUUGGAGCAGCGGUGGAAUGCGGUGGGAGAGGCGGGAGGGUUGGGAGGGGCGGGAGGGGUGCCGGCGCGAGUCACUCGCAGCCGGACGGAGGAGAGGAGGGGGGUCAUCAUGUUACCAGUGGAAUGUGGGGCAAUGGAACAGCGGUGGGAUGCGGUGGAAAGGUUGGGAGGUGUUCCAGCGCGAGUCACUCGCAGCAGGACGGAGGGCGGGGGUGCUGGCGAUGGUGAGUGGAGCUGCAAUGAAAUCAGCUGCCUUGGGAUUGGCAGUGGCAGCCCAGGGGUUAUCACGCGCAGCCGGACCGAAGGCGGGGAGGGUUGUCACUUAUCAGACCCCCCCACCCUCCCCCGCGUUCCCUCUUGCGCCCUUCCCCGUGCUUCCCCCUGCGCACUUCCCCGGACGUCCCCUUCUUCCCCCAAAGUCCCCUCCCCCUCCCCGGAGUCCGCCCCCCUGAACCUCCCCUGCUCGCGCUCCCUCCAAGCGUCCAGCGUGACCAAGCCUCGGACGUCCCCCCUGGUUCGGUCGCUAGGCUCGGGAACUUUUGCUAACGGUUACUCGUUUAGUCUGUGGCAGGAAGGGCAGGAGGCGGAGGCGGAGGAGGAGCAGGAGGAGGGGAAGCGGAAUGAGGAGGGGGGUUUGAGUCGGGUCAAAGGUCUGAGUGUUACUGGGAAUGGGAAUGGAAACGGAUACUCGUUUAGCCUAUGGCAGGAAGGGCAGAAGGCGAAGGAGGAGGAGGGGAAUUCGAGUCGAGUCAAAAGUCCGGAUGCUUCCGGAAAUGGGUACUCGUUCAGUCUGUGGCAGGAAGGGCAGAAGAAAGUGGGGCGGGCACGGGGGGGAGUGUUGGAGGAGAAGGAAGGGGAGGGACAGGAGGAGAAGCGGGAGGGAGUGGGGGGAGUGGGGAGUGAGAGGCGCGCGGAGGAGCAGCAGCAGCAGCAGCAGCAGCAGUCAGAGAACUUACCAACGCGUCCGCCCAUCCGUUCCUCUCCCAGGAUUCAACCUUUGGAGAUCCCGUCCUCCUUUCCAGAAGGCCCCCAGGCUACUUCUGAGGCGCCUCAAAAGCAGCAGUCAGAGAACUUACCAACGCGUCCGCCCAUCCGUUCCUCUCCCAGGAUUCAACCUUUGGAGAUCCCGUCCUCCUUUCCAGAAGGCCCCCAGGCUACUACUGAGGCGCCUCAAAAGCAGCAGUCAGAGAACUUACCAACGCGUCCGCCCAUCCGUUCCUCUCCCAGGAUUCAACCUUUGGAGAUCCCGUCCUCCUUUCCAGAAGGCUCCCAGGCUCAGAACAACCGUCUGCUGCGUUCCCCAGGGAGCAGCGCUGCGACUGGGGCUGGGAAUGGUGUUGAGGCAGACGGGGCAGCAGGGGCAGACGGGGCAGCAGGGGCAGACGGGGCAGCAGGGGCAGUGGGAGCAGCAGGGGCAGACGGGGCAGCAGGGGCAGUGGGAGCAGCAGGGGCAGUGGGAGCAGCAGGGGCAGGGAGCAGAGGUGAGCGCAGAAGGACAGGAGGAGUUUGA